AUGCAGGAGUUUGUCCAGUCGCACUUGGUGAGCACCUUGAAUCCCAUCCACGAGGAAGUCUCGUGCAUUCGCAGCGUGAUGCACGAGAUUGAGGGCCGUGUGACGAAGUUCGCCUCGCAGAUUGCUCGACAAAGUACCAAGAUGGAGGAGCAAGAACAUGAACUUCAAAAUCUGAACUCUGCCAUCGCCGCCAAGGAGUCCCGCAUGACAGCCAUGCACCAGUUGAUUUUGGCGACGCGCGCAGAGAACGCGGAUUUGCGAGGCAACACCGACAGCACAAAAGCGGCUCUGGACAAGGUGGAUGACAAAUGGCAGGGCACCCUUGGUGUUCUGCAAAACCUGCAGCUCCAGCAAGACAAGCAAGCUGCUGAGAUCAGGAAAUUGUACCACACCAUCCAAGCCUCAGAUCAGAAAGCUUCUGACCUCUUGGACACGCGUUUAAACAACUUCGCAAGGAACUCUUUUUGCAAAGAACUGUGCAACCAGCAGCGCGACAUGGAGAACGCCAUCAAUACUCUCCGUGUGCAAGAAGACGAGACGCGGGAAAAGUUGAAGAAUGCCGUUGCAGCGCAUGACCAAUUCCGACAGGAUGUCAUCGAAAAGUUUGGGCUGCGCGACGUGCGCACCAAAGCCAUUGAGGCCAAGUUGAGCACACUGAGCCAGGAGAUCGAGAAACCCAUCGCGAACCUUCGGGCAACUGACAAGGAAGUGCAGCACGUGAAAGGCAAAGUGGCCAUUUUGGAGUCUCAGAAUUUCCACAACCAGAUCUGCGAAUUGGUCGACUCGCUGAAGGACUUCAGCCGUCGUUUGGCCACUGCCGAGGAGGAAGUGGUUCAGGUGCGUCGGAAGUCCGCGGAACAGUUCCACGUACGGGACAAGUUGCUGCGAAAGUUGGAUGACAAGGCAACGAAGCACAGCAUGGAUCUCGUGGACUUGAGUUCCACACAGAAGGCAGAUAUCGAACACCUGGCAGCACUGCAGGCCUCGCUGGCACCGAUCUUAAUAAAGACCCGGCACACCGAAGAAGACCCAGGAGGUCCAGGUGAUCAAACUGACCAGGGCCUAUCCUUCGAUGACGAAUUGAAAGAACUGCGGGAGAACUACCACGGUCAGCGUGAUACGCUGGACAAGUGCAUCACCAAGUUGGAGAUGCAACAACACCUUCUGGAUAGUUUGAAGCAGAAGGAGCAACGGGACUUUGACAGUUCGCACGUUCAAAUCUCGGGACUCCAAGAAGACUUGGGCCUCUUGGCGAGUGGCGAGGGUCGUUCGGCCCGGCUAAGUGAUGCCAACGCAUUGCUCACCAAGCUGGACGCGCGCGUCGAGUUGGUGCAGAAGUACUUCACUGGUUUGGGUCGUGGUUUGCAGGACACUCACACAGCGAUGACGGGUGAUAGCAGCGUGUUGCCCCAGAAGAACGUGAAGCAGCUGCCCACGCUCCCAGCUACCACCCCGCGGGGAGGUCUCUUGAAUGACCCCAGGGCCAGAACGCCCAACAGACAAGGGUGCGGAGGCCCAGAGGUGCAGGAAACAACGGAAAUUGGUGGUUUUUUAUGGGGGUACCCCUAUUAA